AAACGAAUGGAGUAGUAUUUAUUUGAAGUUAACAUCAAAUUUGUGACUAAGUCGCAGAAAGAAUUAACAAAAUGGCUUCACCAUCAAGCAUUCUUGUAAUCUUAUCAUGUCCACUAUAUUCCCAUCCUACGAUCGAUUCGAUCAUCCUUUUUCCUUCUACCAUAAAUUAAACUCAUCUUCCUGUCUAGAAUCAAAUAAAAUGGUUGAUAUUAGCUUCAAAAAGUUAAUCAUUUUGUUCUUUUUAUCUUCCAGCUUGAGAACAACCACUUCACUUGACACUUUAUCUCUGAAUCAAUCUAUCCAUGAUAGCCAGAGUUUGGUUUCAGCAAAAGGAACUUUUGAAGUCGGUUUCUUCAGUCCAGGAAAUUCUAGAGGAAGAUAUUUAGGUAUGUGGUACAAAAAUUUAACCCCUUUAACAGUUGUUUGGGUUGCCAACAGAGAAACACCACUGCACGAUAAUUUAGGAAUCUUAAAGAUCAAUGAAAAUGGUGUUCUUGAGAUUCUCAAUGGCAAAAACGAUGCCAUUUGGUCCUCGAAUGCAUCAAACAGACCGGCAAAUAAUUCAAUAUCUGCACAGCUAUUGGAUGAUGGAAAUCUUGUGUUGAAAAAUUCGGCAAACAAUAUUUUGUGGCAGAGUUUUGACUAUCCAAGUGAUACAUUUUUGCCAGGAAUGAAGCUUGGAUGGAACUUAGUAACCGGUCAAAACAAGUUCUAUUCGUCGUGGAAAAGUUCAAAUGAUCCAGCUAAGGGAGAUUAUUCGGUUAAUAUUGACAUUAGAGGAUAUCCUCAAAUAGUUGUUAUGAAGGGAUCUGUGAUAAGAUUGAGAAUAGGAUCAUGGAAUGGUCAAACUUUUACCGGAUAUCCAAUACAACCGUUAAAACAAAAGCAAAGAUAUGAAUUUGUCAUGACUGACAAAGAAGUGUAUCAUUGGUAUGAACUCAUUGAUAGCUCUGGUGUGCAAAUUUAUGCACUCUCCCCUUUGGGAAAUCUGCAUGCUUUAGCUUGGACAAGUGAAACAAGCGAUAGGAUAGUGAUCGAAACUGGCAUGGAAGAUUCGUGUGAUAGUUAUGCAAUGUGUGGUGCUAAUUCAGUAUGCAAUAUGGACGAAAAUGUUCCUAAAUGUGAAUGCUUAAAAGGUUAUGUUCCUAAGUUUCUCGAACAGUGGAAUAUAUCAUAUUGGUCUAGUGGUUGUGUUCCGAAAAUUAAGUCUUUUUGUGAUAUCAAUUCUACAACUGGCUUCUUGAAGUACGGAGAAAUGAAAUUGCCGGACACAUCUUCAUCAUGGUACAAUAAAACCAUGAGCCUGCUGGAAUGUCAAAAAGCGUGCAUGAAAAACUGUUCGUGUACGGCUUAUACAAAUGCGGAUAUCCGAAAUGGAGGAAGUGGUUGUUUGCUUUGGAUUGAUGAUCUGGUUGACAUGAGAACAUUCUCUCAGUGGGGACAAGAUCUCUAUAUCAAAGUCCCUUCUUCAGAAUUGGAUGAUGUUAGUGUUAAUAGCAACAAAAACCAGAGGCAGCAGUUGAUACGGAUCACAGUUGUCGUGAUAAUUUCAGGAUUCCUCACAUGUGCUUGCAUAAUAAUAUCUAUAAAGAUAGUGGCGCCGAGAGUAUAUCAUCUAGCACCAUUUCAAUGGCGGAAAAAAUAUUUUAGGUUAAAGAAAGAAGAGCCUGAUCUGCCAAUAUUUAGUUUUCCAAUCAUUGUUAAAGCAACCGGUAAUUUUUCUAGCAGAAAUAAACUUGGGGAAGGUGGAUUUGGACCAGUUUAUAAGGGUACCCUGAUAGGCGGAAAAGAGGUAGCCAUAAAACGGAACUCAAAAAUGUCUGAUCAAGGGUUGGAGGAAUUUAAAAAUGAAGUUUUGUUGAUUGCAAAGCUUCAGCACCGUAAUCUUGUGAAGCUUCUCGGUUGUUGUAUUCACAGAGAGGAAAAAUUGUUGAUCUAUGAAUACAUGCCCAAUCGGAGCUUAGACUACUUCAUCUUCGAUGAAACUAGAAGCAAACUCUUGGACUGGUCGAAGCGUUCCCAUAUUAUUGCUGGCGUUGCUAGAGGACUUCUUUAUCUUCACCAAGACUCCAGACUUCGAAUAAUUCACAGAGAUUUAAAGUUAAGCAAUAUCUUACUAGACGCCCUUAUGAAUCCAAAAAUCUCAGACUUCGGCCUAGCUCGGACAUUUUGUGGAGAUCAAGUUGAAGCCAAAACAAGGAAAUUGGUUGGAACAUAUGGCUACAUGCCUCCAGAGUAUGCCGUGCAUGGUCGUUACUCCAUGAAAUCAGAUGUGUUUAGUUUCGGAGUAAUAGUAUUGGAGAUAAUAAGCGGGAAAAAGAUUAAGGUGUUUUAUGAUCCAGAACACUCUCUCAACCUUCUUGGCCAUGCAUGGAGACUCUGGAUUGAAAACAUGGCAAUGGAUCUAGUUGAUAUGCACUUACUUGAAACAAUCAAUUAUUCAGAACUCUUACGAUAUAUGCAUGUUGGGUUGUUGUGCGUACAAGAAAAACCGGGAGAUAGACCAGACAUGUCAUCUGUAAUUCUUAUGUUGAAUGGUGAGAAAUUAUUGUCUCAGCCGAAAGCUCCGGGAUUUUAUACUGGAAGGGGCUUACCUAAAACGAUAUCGCCAACUUCAAAUGAGAUGUCAAUUACAACUUUUGAGGCAAGAUAAAAUAUGAAGUUUCAAACCAAUUAAUGUUUAGACUAAUAUAGCAUCCAAUGAUUAAUGCUGAUUUGAUACUUGAACAUGUACAGAACUUGUUGUGAAUACCUUUGUAUAGCAUAUACGGUUCCACUUUAUAUUAUAGGGUUUAUAGUAUUUUAUCCUUUCCAUAUGUUGCACUAGAAAUGAGAUUGAAAUUGUGUCUGAAUGGUUGCUAUCUGUUGGUAAUUGAUUCCGGUAAUCCACUAGUUUAUCAGAAA